AUGUUGCCAAGAUUUUACGCAAUUUUCACAAAAAUUGGUCCUAUAAUAGCUGAUAGUAAAUACACUAACGCAGUUUAUAGUUCUGACCAAAAUCAAUACAAACUCAGGAAAGAGGCAGUUAGAACGAAAUCUAUAAAUGUAGCAAAGGUCACUACAAGUUCAGAGAUGGAUCAGUUCUUGAAACUAGAAUUAGUAUAUAUUCAAGAACAACCAAAUGGUCAGGAAGAUGAGAAAACUUUAGAACAGUUCAAACAAGAUAAAUCAACGCCGAAAUUACGAAUCGUUUGUGAUGCUUCAGUCCAUCUCAAAGGUAGAAAAAGUUUGAAUGAUGUCUUAUACCGCAGUCCCACUACACUGUCGGACUUGGCAGGUAUUUUGCUUCGCUUCACAAUGAUGUGA